AUCCUCACAAACGUAAGAGAAUUGGAUCUGACCCAAAAAAUAAUAACAAACCAAAAUAAAUAUUAACCGCAAGGGAUAAAAAAAUUAAUCCCACCAAAAAGCCCGAGACAACGGUAAGCUCUUCUUUUCUUCUCUUUUUCUUUUCAGAAAAAAAGGAAGAACAAGAUCACAGUUUGUUGUGCUAAAAGUAGGAAAAUCCAAUCCGUGCCGGACUGUGCAAUCCAGUGCAAUCCCAUCCCAUCCAGCCUUUGAUUCGGAAUCGAAGUGAGAGAGACAGUGAGCUCAGAAACAACCAAUCAAAUCAUUAGAAAUGAUGAUUCAUGCCACAGAGGAAGCACCGCGUUUCACUUGUUGAUGCGACGGCGACCGCGACGGCGUUUGGGAGUGCGAGUGGGACUUCGCAUUUGAUAUUGACACUGCAACAACAACCAGAGGAGGAGGAGGAGGAGGAGGAGGAGGAAGAAAAGAAGAAGGAGGAGGAUUAGUGUUAAUUGUGGUUGAUUGUGGUGGAUUCGGUGCUUAAUCCCGGCAAUGAAAUCGGAUUAGGAGGGGCUGGCGGAGCAAUGAAGGGCGGGGUUGCGGGCGGUAGUUAUUCCGGCAAGCGGCGAUGGAAGGGGUUGGUGAUUGGGGUGUUGGGUUUGGUUUUUCUUUCCAUGCUCGUUCCACUUCUCUUCCUUCUCGGCCUUCACAAUGGCUUUCACCCUCCCGGAUAUGUACCAGAACAACGAAAUUCGCCUUCAAUUGGAGGAUAUGGUACAAAAAUCAUCAUAAAUGCUUCUAAUCUGUUAGGGGGGGGUGGUUCGAAGCAUGUAGAUGAUUUCGUGAAAAAUUUCACACCAACCCUUUCAAAGGAUAUACUAAAGAAUAUUUCACAUAAAGUUAUUUCACAUAAAGCUGAAAAUGAAACCAAAAAUAUCAGUGCUGUUCACAACAAUGAACAAGCCAGUGUCGUUCACAACAAUGAACAAGCCAUAACUGCAGGAGUUUCAGCUCCACCUCAUGAUGGUCCGCACUCACUUCCCAUUGAAAAUAACUCUAAAGCUGGUGACUCAGCUCAAAUCAUUGAUUAUGCGAAAGGUGGUGUGGAUCAAAGUGGAAAAUCAUGCGAGUUGAAGUUUGGGAGCUACUGCCUUUGGCGUGAACAACAUAGAGAAGACAUGAAGGAUGCUAUGGUGAAGAGAUUGAAGGAUCAACUAUUUGUGGCUCGAGCAUAUUUUCCUAGUAUCGCGAAACUUCCAUCACAAGACAAGUUGUCUCGUGAGUUGAGACAAAAUAUUCAGGAGGUGGAGCGUGUUCUUAGUGAAAGUACUACAGAUGUUGAUCUUCCCCCACAGAUUGAGAAGAAGCUACAGAGGUUGCAAGCUUCAAUAGCCAAAGCCAAAACAUUCCGCGUGGAUUGUAAUAAUGUUGACAAGAAACUGAGACAAAUAUAUGAUAUGACUGAGGAUGAAGCGAACUUCCACAUGAAACAAAGUGUCUUUCUCUACCAACUUGCUGUCCAGACUAUGCCAAAGAGCCACCAUUGCCUGUCAAUGAGACUGACUGUGGAAUAUUUCAGAUCUCCUCUUGACAAUGCCGACUCCUCUCUGGCUGACAAAUACGUUAAUCGUUCAUUCCAGCACUAUGUCAUAUUCUCCACUAACGUACUUGCAUCCUCAGUUGUAAUCAACUCAACUGUAAUGCAUGCAAAAGAUAGUGGGAAACUGGUUUUUCACGUGCUCACGGAUCAAGAGAAUUACUUUGCAAUGAAACUCUGGUUUUUCAGAAAUACUUACAAGGAAGCCACGGUUGAGGUGUUAAACAUUGAGCAGCUUAAUCUAGACAAGCGCAAACUAUAUCUUUCACUGCCUUUGGAGUUCCGUGUUUCCUAUAGCAUUGAUGCCCAAUCCAGAACGGAAUACUUAUCUACUUUUUCUCACUCGCACUAUCUUCUCCCUGAGAUAUUCCAGAAUUUGGAGAAAGUUGUGGUUCUGGAUGAUGAUGUUGUUGUCCAGCAGGACUUGUCUGCUCUAUGGAGCCUCAACAUGGAAGGGAAAGUUAAUGCUGCUGUGCAGUUGUGCUCGGUGAAGUUAAGUCUGCUGAAGAGCGUUCUUGGCAAGAACAGUUUCGAUAAAAAUUCAUGCGCUUGGAUGUCUGGAUUGAAUGUGAUUGAUCUGGUUAAGUGGAGAAAGCUCGAUCUCACCGAAACUUACAAAAAGUUUGUAACGGAGGGGACAACGCAAGAUGGGGGAAAUGAAGCCGCUGCUCUACAUGCAAGCUUGCUUACCUUUCGGGGCUUGAUUUAUCCUCUUGAUGGUUCAUGGGCUCUCUCUGGGCUAGGUCAUGACUAUAACAUAGAUGUUUAUCCGAUAAAGAAAGCUGCAGUGUUGCACUAUAACGGGAAGAUGAAACCUUGGCUUGAGUUAGGGAUCCCAAAAUACAAAGGUUACUGGAAUUUUCUGAACCGAGAAGAUCAGUUCUUGAGCGACUGCAAUGUGAAUUCAUGAUGAGCUGAUUGUCCUGUGUUCACUACCAGAGGUUAUAUGAAACACGGGGCUCCAGAAGCACUAACCGAUGGAUGCCUUAUUUUUCGGGUGCUGAGAAUUUUGUUAUCAAAGCUUCCAAGGCGAGGAAGUGAUGCCCGCCCCAAGUUUCACACACAUAAGUGUAAUUCUUUUGGUAAAUAAAAGACUCAUAAAAUUUUAUUUUUCUUUCUGGAAAGAGCAGAAGGACGAAGCUCCCGGGAUGGCAGCUGAGGCCUGAAGCUUCUGAGGUUACCGCAUUAGGAAGACGAAGGGUGAUCCGACGGACAAUUCCGGUGGAAGUGUUUUGAAGGGGAUGUUGUUUGCUUAAGAGGAAAGCUGUUCAAAUAAUUGUGUACACGCAGGAAAGGGUGGUAGCUAUUAUUUGUUUGUCCAACGUGAUUCAUUUACCAUAUUGUAUUUUUAUUUUAUUUAAUUUUUUUCAAUUUUGUUUUUGUUAGGUGAUAUCAGGGGACUAAUUCCUUUAUAAAUUGUAUUUUGUUUUUCUCUGAACAAAUCAAUUUAACCAUUGUCAAAAUUGUGUGUUGUCGUCUUCA